GAACGUCCUUCCCUUUUAAGUGACACCUAAGUCCGAAUAUUUUCUCACUCAAGCCCAACCCACCAGCACCACCGGCACCACAGACUCCCGCUCCUCCGUCCUCAUCUUCAUAUCUCUCUCUCUCUCUCUCUCUUUUCUUUUUUAUUUAUUUAAUUUUCUUUUUCUUUUAAUCGAAACUUGAAGGAGAAGACAUAAAUCUUCUUAAUCUGGGAUCUCCAUUGUUGAAUCUUCGAAGAGAACUCUCAGUCUACGUCUCUCUCACUACAGUUUCACCAUCUCUAUUACUCCAGCCUUUUCUUAGCUACUUACAAUUUUUUUCUUCUCUGAAAUCAGUCUAAAUGGACCGGAGGAGUUGGCCCUGGAAGAAGAAAUCAUCGGACAAAGCUGCAGCUGAAAAAGCAGCCGCAGCAGCAGAUGCAGCAGCUGCUUCUUUGGCUACAGUGGGGAGCCAGAAUGAGGAACCCUACAAAAAACCAAAUUAUGUUCAAAUCUCGGUGGAUCAAUAUUCACAUCUGACGGGUUUGGAAGAUCAAGUGAAGACAUAUGAGGAGCAAGUCAAGACAUUGGAUGAUCAGAUUACUGAAUUGAAUGAGAAGCUCACAGCAGCACAGACAGAGAUGACUAACAAGGACAAUCUGGUGAAACAGCAUGCUAAAGUUGCUGAAGAAGCUGUCUCAGGUUGGGAAAAGGCAGAAGCAGAAGCUGUUGCGUUAAAAACUCAUCUGGAAUCUGUGACUCUCGCAAAGCUCACAGUUGAAGAUCGAGCAUCACAUUUGGAUGGUGCUCUCAAAGAGUGCAUGCGGCAGAUACGAAAUUUGAAGGAAGAACAUGAGCAAAAGUUGCAAGAUGUUAUUCUUACAAAAAACAAACAAUGUGAGAAGAUUAAGCUUGAGCUGGAAGCAAAGUUAGAAAACUUAGAUCAAGAACUCCGAAGGUCUGAUGCUGAAAAUGCUGCUAUAUCAAGGUCUUUACAAGAGCGUUCAAAUAUGCUCAUGAAGAUAAGUGAAGAGAAAUCACAAGCUGAGGCAGAUAUUGAGCAUUUGAAGGGUAACAUUGAAUCUUGUGAGAGGGAAAUAAAUUCAUUGAAAUACGAACUUCAUGUUGCUUCUAGAGAGCUAGAAAUUCGCAACGAAGAAAAGAACAUGAGCAUGAGGUCUGCAGAAGUAGCCAACAAGCAGCACAUGGAAGGUGUCAAAAAGAUAGCUAAGCUUGAAGCAGAGUGCCAGAGAUUGCGCGGUCUUGUGCGGAAGAAGCUGCCAGGUCCUGCUGCACUUGCACAAAUGAAGCUAGAGGUUGAGAGUUUAGGACGUGAGUCACGUGAUUAUGGCGACUCGCGUGUAAGAAGGUCUCCUGUUAAGCCUUCAAGUCCACACCUAUCCCAUGUGACUGAGUUUUCUCUUGACAAUGUACAGAAAUAUCAGAAGGAAAAUGAAUUUCUCACUGAACGCUUAUUAGGUAUGGAAGAAGAAACAAAAAUGCUGAAAGAAGCUUUGGCAAAACGCAAUAGUGAAUUGCAAGCUUCUAGAAGCAUGUGUGCUAAGACUGCUAGCAAGCUUCAAAGUUUGGAAGCACAAAUUCAAAUCAGCAAUCAACACAAAACUUCUCCGAAGUCUAUUGUUCCAAUAACCACUGAAGGUUCUUUCAGUCAGAACGCUAGCAACCCACCCAGCUUGACCUCCAUGUCUGAAGAUGGAAAUGACGAUGACAGAAGCUGUGCCGAGUCUUGGGCUACUGCAUUGAUCUCUGAGCUCUCUCAUUUCAAGAAAGAGAAGAACAACGAAAAGUCAGACCAGGCUGAUAAACCGAACCAUUUAAAUCUUAUGGACGACUUUUUGGAAAUGGAGAAAUUGGCUUGUUUGUCCAAUGAUUCUAAUGGAACCAUCUCUGGAUCAGAUUCGACAAACAGUAAGAUUUCUGGAGUUAACCGUGAUGCUUCUGAAGUCAUCGCCGACAAAGACAUCCAUUCAGAACAACAAUGUAAUUCAAAUUCUUUGGAAAAUCAACAACCUCCCUCUAAUGUGGAAUCAUCUGAUGAACAACAGCUGCCAUUGAUGAAUCUCCGAUCAAGAAUUUCUGUACUAUUGGAGUCUGUGUCAAAGGACACUGAUGUGGGGACCAUUUUGGAGGAUAUCAAAUGUGCCAUCCAGGAGACACGUGAUACUCUUCCCCAGCACACUGUAAGUUGUAUUUCUGAAGAUGUUCAUUGUUCAGAUGCCAGAUCUGAUAGGCAGGUUAAUCCAGAAGAUGCUGGCUUAAUUGCUGAAAAGGAAAUUUCUCCUUCCCAGCCAGCCAGGGAAAGUGGGCAGAUUAGCAAAGACUUAGCUGCUGCCAUUUCUCAGAUCCAUGAUUUUGUAACCUUUUUGGGCAAAGAAGCUAUGGUAGUCCACGACACUUUCACAGCAGGCGAUGGAUUCAGCCAGAGGAUUGAAGAAUUCUCUGAUACCUUUAAUAAAGUCAUGCACAGCAACCUAAGUUUACUUGAUUUUGUUCUUGACCUUUCCCGUGUUUUAGCAAAAGCUAGUGAACUCAGGUUUAAUGUUCUAGGUUUCAAAGGACAUAAAUCAGAAACUAACAGUCCUGAUUGCAUUGACAAGGUUGCACUACCAGAAAAUAAGGUUGUUCUAAAGGAUUCAAAUGAAGUAUACCAAAACGGCUGUGCCCACAUAUCUAAUUCUGCUUCACACCCUGAGAUUCCUGACGAUGGAAAUAUUGUGUCUAGCUAUGAGUCAAAUGCUAAUUCAUGCAAAAUCUCACUGGAGGAGUUUGAACAAUUGAAGUCAGAGAAAAAUAACCUUGCAUUGGAUCUAACAAGAUGUACAGAAAAUCUGGAGAUGACCAAGUCUCAGUUGCAGGAAACCGAGCAGCUUCUUGCAGAAGCUAAAUCACAAUUGGCUUCUGUGCAGAAUUCAAAUAGCUUGUCUGAGACGCAGUUGAAGUGCAUGGCAGAAUCAUACAGGUCACUUGAAACCAAGGCCCAGGAGUUGGAAAUUGAGCUGAACCUGCUCCGGGUCAAGACGGACAGUAUGGAAACUGAGCUUCAAGAUGAAAAGAAGAAUCAUCAGGAUGCGUUGGCAAGAUGUAAAGAGCUUCAAGAGCAGUUACAAAGGAAGGAGAGCAGCUAUGAUAAUGAAGUCGAGAACAGCCAGGAGAAAGAGUUGGCAGCUGCAGCAGAAAAGCUAGCCGAGUGUCAAGAAACCAUAUUUCUUCUCGGUAAGCAGUUGAAAAAUAUGCGUCCUCAACCAGAGUUCAUGGGAUCUCCGUACAGUGAAAGGAGUCAAAAGGGUGAAGGUGAAGAGGAGCCUACUACUAGUGGCCUGAACUUGCUGGAGCCUGAUCAGGCUGAGCUAGAAAGUGCUGCUUCUGCCACUCAUAACAGAGUAGGAGCCGAGUCUCCCAUUGACUUGUAUAACUCCGCAUGUAGCCCGUCUCACACAGAAGCAAACAUCUUGAAAUCACCAGUCAAUUCAAAGAAUCCUAUAAACAAAUCCCCCAAGUCAGGUUCCUCAACCUCAUCUUCUUCAGCAACACCAGAGAAACAUUCCCGCGGGUUCAGCAGAUUCUUUUCCUCCAAAGGGAAGAAUGGUCAUUAGGCUUUUGUGUGGUUCCCGAGCCACGUUACACGGCGUUUUUUGUGGUUGGAACUCCAUAAAGAAAUAAUUAUAAGAUGGACACAACACAUUGUGUUUAGCCAGAAUCCUUUAUUGGGAAAUUGCUGGCUGUGAAGCUCAAUCUCAGAAGAAGAUAUUUGCGAAGUUGAGAUUAAUUUUGUAACUAAAAUGGCUGUAUAUGAUAUCCAAAUCUGUUCAUUUGUUUCUUCCUCUGCUCCUCUGUAAUUUGGUUAAAUUGAAACAUUACAUAGUUCUAUGAAGUAUUUUUUAAAACUUUUAGUAUAUAUUAUAUGUGAUAAUUAUAUGAUUUCAUUA